GAUGAGAUGAAUGGAGAAGGAAAAUGAAAAGGCUUGAAACUAACAAACCUGGCGAGGGAGCUGCGUUUGGCUUAGAGACCACGUUUGUGUUGCUCAUAAAAACCCACUAUUUAGGCCUCAUUCUGUUUCAUACUCUGCCUUUUUGGCUUGCCAUGACACAAUAUCCAUCCUUUCCCUCCCUACCUUUUUCCACACCUUUUUCUUAACCGUUUCUUUCUCCCUCCCUUCUUCUCUUCUUGCGUUUUGUUUUUCUCUUACUCAACUCCUUUUAAACCUUCAAACCUCUGCAGCUUGGACAGAAAUGAACACUUCUAAGCCUUCUAACAUGGCUGCUGCUGCUGCUCCUGGUGGUGGUGUUCUUAACCAAGAAGAUCAUUUGGAAUUGCCGCCUGGCUUUCGGUUUCAUCCCACUGAUGAAGAGCUUAUUUCUCAUUACCUCUUCCAUAAGGUCAUGGAUUGCAGCUUCUCUUGCAGGGCGAUUGGAGAUGUUGAUCUCAACAAGUCCGAGCCUUGGGAUUUGCCUUGGAAGGCGAAAAUGGGAGAAAAAGAAUGGUAUUUUUUCUGUGUGAGAGAUAGAAAAUACCCUACUGGAUUGAGGACAAACAGAGCAACUGAAGCUGGCUACUGGAAAGCUACAGGGAAAGAUAAAGACAUUUACAGAGGAAAAUCUCUUGUGGGUAUGAAGAAAACUCUGGUUUUUUACCGUGGAAGAGCUCCAAAAGGGGAGAAAUCUAAUUGGGUUAUGCAUGAAUAUCGUUUAGAGGGUAAACUCUCUGCUUUAAACCUCCCCAAAGCUGCCAGGAAUGAGUGGGUGAUUUGUAGGGUGUUUGAGAAGAACUCCACUGGGAAAAAGGUAGACAUCUCCGGGAACGAGUUUGGCCACUCGAUUCUUCCUCCAUUAACGGAUUCAUUUUCAUUUGAUGGAGAAACUAAAUGCGCUGUUCAAUUGCCUAAUAACGUGCCCUGCUUCUCCAUCGCCAUGGAUUCUCAUAGAAAACUCCAACCAAUGGCUUCUUCUUACAAUUCCUCUGUUUUCUCUGUUAUUCCCAAUUCAAUCAACUCGUUUCCUAGAAACCCACAUUCAAAUUCAGUGUUUCCACCGCCAAAUCAGACUCCAAAUCUACAAUUCCCAAGCGCCCUUCUUUUGCAAGAGCAACAGUCACUUCUCAGAGCUUUGAUUCAGAACGUCAGUGGCGGAAACAUAAGAGAAUCAUUCAAACCAGAGACGGACAAAAUCAGUAUCUCUCAAGAAACGUGCCUCACCACCGAUGUCAACAACGAAAUAUCAUCGAUUCUUCCGAAUCAUGAAAUGGGUCGCAGACCAUUAGACAAUUCUCAAGAAGCUCCGCCGGCUCCUAUGGCGCCGAUCGACCUCGACGACUUCUGGAAUUACUGAAAACGAACGAGAGGUUGAAGAUGAAGUAUUAAAAAAAAACUAAUAAAUGGGAAUUUUGGGAUUUUGAUUAGUUCGAGAAUGUGGGUGCUUGUCUAGAUGAUUAGAAACCAAAAUAAAUGUAUGAAAAUUAAGCAUAUUAUUAUUAUUAUUAGUAUUAUUAUUGUUGUAUGGUGAAUGAAAAUUAAAUUAGAAGGUGGGGUUGGUUUUAUGUUGAAUUUAUGAUUUGAGGAUAUUUGGGAAAAUGAAUAAAGAUUUGAGUCGGUGGAUAA